CCAAAGUUUCAUUUAGAAAGUGAGACCUUUGUUCCUUAAAAGAGGUCUGCAGAGAUAUCCAAGAGAUCAUAAAAUCACUUCUCUUCGAGAAAGAGACAGAGAGAGAGAGAGACAGAGAAAGAGAUGGGUAGGGCUCCUUGUUGUGACAAGGCAAAUGUGAAGAAGGGGCCUUGGUCACCAGAAGAAGACACAAAGCUGAAGGAGUACAUAGAGAAAUACGGUACUGGUGGGAAUUGGAUUGCUCUUCCACAGAAAGCUGGUCUAAAGAGAUGUGGGAAGAGUUGCAGACUCAGAUGGCUCAACUAUCUCAGGCCUAACAUUAAACAUGGCGAAUUCACUGAUGAGGAAGAUAGGAUCAUCUACAGCCUAUUUGCCAGCAUUGGGAGCAGAUGGUCAAUAAUCGCUGCUCAGCUACCAGGCAGGACUGAUAACGAUAUCAAGAACCACUGGAACACCAAGCUGAAGAAGAGGCUUAUCGCCAUGAAUACUCCUUCAUCACAAAGAAAACCACCAACAUUCCCAUCUUCUCAUCAUCAAACUUUAUCACUACCAUCGUCUCAAUCUUUACUAUCAUCACUUAACAACAACGACUCAUGUUCUACUUAUUAUACCCCAACCAAAUCUUUCUCCUGUUUUGAUUCUUUUGAAUCAAUCUCUUCCACCUUUCCAUCACACCUGUUCAACAACACCAGUAACUCAACUUCUUUAGCCACACAGUUUCAUAUCCAAGAAGGUGCGGUUAGUUCCAUUCAGUACUACCCCAUGAAAGAAAAUUUCCUCGUGUUUGGUAGUGAAACAAGUUGCAGUUCUUCCGAUGGAAGUUGCGGUCAGCUCAGUUAUGGGAGAGAGAUCAAACAAGAGGAUCAUAUGAGUUUUCAGGGUUAUCUCUCUAAUGGAGGGUUUGAAGAAAACAACCACAAAUUCAUGCUUAGUAAUUAUGGCAACAACAACAACGACCAAUGGGCGGCGGCUGAGAAACCAAAUGGGUAUUUUGGAGAAAUCCCAUCCCCAUCAAACUAUAGUCUUGAAGAUGUUAAGCAACUGAUUAGCAACAACAACAACAACGACAACAAUAGUAACUUCAACUUGUUCAGUAGUAGUGGUGAUGAAAGCAUUAAGAUACAAGAGAAGCUGAUGAUGCAACACUAUUACAACAACUGAUGGAGUAAGUAAAAUCAGAAAAAAGAUCUGAUGGGGUAAGGUGAGGUCUGUGAUAAGGUGGUGAUGGUGAAAUGAGAUGAGAUUCAGAGAUGAAAAGACGUUGUUUCAGUUUCUGGGGGUUUGUGUUUUUUGAUGAUCAUAAAUUGAAACAUUUCUGAAUUCCUUUGACGGUACAUGGUAAAGCUUCUUUUUAUUUUGUGCACAUUUCUUUUUUGGGAACGGGAGAUGAUGAUGUUAUUGUUUGUACGGUGUCUCUCUGUUUCUGUGUAUCAGUGCAAUUCCCAAUCAGAUUAUAAAUGUUUAUGAAAACUAGACCAGAGAUAAUGAACUUAUCUCCAUUCGAGAACAAACUUGUUAAACA